AUGUUCUGUUUCCUGCGAAGUGGUGCUGUUACUGCUCAUUCGUUUGGGCUGAUUUCUUCUGCCUGCAGAAGACAAUCUCUCCUAAAUUCUAUCAAUCCGUCGGGCCUAACCUGUCUUAAUCAUGUGCACAAAUCAAAACGCCGCCCAUGGUACAGCAGAGUUAAAACUAUUAGUGCUGGAAGGCUAACCGCUGAUGUGAUCCGCCGUCGUGCUGCCCGUUUGUUAGCUGCAAAAGCGGCGCUCGCAUGCCGUGCUGAUUGCUUCAGAACCCAUAAUCCAGCCCCAGUUGCCUUAUCCUCUAUCGAUUCGACCAAUAAACCUGAUGAUUCUACAUCUAAACUAAAACGAUUAUCUACUGCGGUCGAUGCGGGGCUAUAUGGAAAGCAUCUAGGGCAGCAAGUGCAACACCAACUUCGAAUCUGGACUGAAUCUAAUGGGGUCAAUUUUGGUAGGACUCAAGAGCAGAUCAAGAUGCAACGUUUAAGGAGGACUAAAUAUCGAAAGGCAAAACGCAAGGCCUGGAGAAAGAGAAAACUGGAACGUGCAGGGCUAUUUAAGACUAAAUUACAACUUGCUGAGACUUCUAUGUCGAGCUUACAUAAGCCAGAAAAUGGAAUCUCUGUUCUGAAUGAGGAUUCACUUUCAUCUUUACCAUCCAGCGAAUCAUCACCUCUGCAUCAAAUUUCAAACCUUAACAAAUUGCUUCUUACCGACUUCAAUCAAGUAUCCCCUUCGACUUCUGAGUGCCGGAUUAAUGAAAGGAAAGUCAAGACAAUGAAAAUCACUAAACAAAAACAAAAAACCAGAUCCUAA